AUGUCUAUUUCCAAAACUGCAAGUCUCCUGCUGGCAUGGGCUGCGCUGGUCGCAGCCCACGGGUAUGUCAGUAGUAUUGUAGUCGACGGUACAACAUACGGUGGCUAUCUUGUUGAUACCUACUACUACGAGUCUAAUCCACCCGAACUGAUUGCUUGGUCAACGAAUGCCACGGACGACGGCUACGUUGCUCCUACCGCAUACGAUAAUACCGAUAUCAUUUGCCAUCGUGGCUCUGCGCCAGGAGCUCUGUCGGCCCCUGUAAUUCCAGGUGGCUCGGUCAAACUGACUGGAAUACCUGGCCAGAUGACCAUCACGGCCUGGUCAUUACCUAUCUGGCCAACUGUCAGGGCUCCUGCGCUGACCCGGACUAUCACCAUCCCCGAUGAUAUUGAAGCUGGCAACUAUGUUCUCCGCCAUGAGAUUAUUGCCUUGCAUAGUGCAGAGGACCUGAACGGCGCCCAGAACUACCCUCAGUGUAUCAACUUGAACGUGACGGGUAGCGGUACUGCGUCUCCCAGCGGUACUCUAGGAGAAGAUCUGUAUAAGGAUACUGAUCCUAGUGUCUUGGUUGACAUCUGGGAUACCCUCAACAACUACACUAUCCCGGGUCCUGCGCUGUACACUGCCGGCAGCACUUCUACUGCGACCUCGGCGGCUAUUUCAACAACCGACACUACCACAUCUGCUGCGGCCAUUGCGAGCAUAUCUACCCAGACAACUGUUGCUGAGGCAUCUGCUACCAAUGCCUCUGCCACCAAGACAUCCGCUUCAUCCGAGACAACAGUGGCCCCCCUACAUCGCAUGCUCAGCACACCGGAGCUGCCCUUGGAAGUCUCUCAGCCCAAAAGGGACAGAUUGAUCAGGGCCAAUCGAGAGAGACUGUUAGCACUGCUAGCACCUCAAGCACUUCCACUGCUACCUCAGGAGUUCUGA